ACAUGGGAACUUUAUUUGAAAACGCAUUUCCAAAGGUUUUGUCUCACUUACGGUAAAAGCCACAGUGAACACUGGAAAUUGAGGUGAUCACUUGUGAACUGCGUUAAGCCACCGACAUGGAGCUGACUAAAUUAAUGAGUGCGAUCAUCACCAGAGCGCUGUUUAUUUUAGUUGCUGUCAUCGGAGUGUUGAGGGUGGCAUCGGUUAAGAACGAUAACAAUUACUUGUUUCUGGCUUUUCUUUUGUUGCCGCUUGUUGUUGAAAUGAUAAUAACACUGAAGAUGCGAAAAGGACAGGAUUAUAAAUGGUUUUCCCCUCCUAUCUUUCUGUUCCUCAUUACUAUUAUUCCCUCCAUCUGGAUUCUGGAGAUACAACACCAGCAAGACAAAGCCAGCGAUCUAGAGUGCAAUAAACUAGAUUCUAUGGAAACUUUGCAAAGACUGCUGAAUCGAAGCACCGAGCAGGGAAACACCACCAACCAGAAUUUACUUAAGAGGUUGUCCACUGUCUGCGCGAAUGACUGGAUCCUGGCUCUUCACCAGAUCGUGCUCAUCCUCCUCAUUGUGGGGAAGUGGCUCCUGCCUUUGGGAGGCGGGGUCACAAAAGAUGAGUUGUCUCAGCUUCUUCUAACUUUUGUUGGCACAGCAGCGGACAUCCUGGAAUUUACUAGUGAGACGCUGUCCGAUGUAAAAGAAAAAAAUCCUGCCAUGGUUUACGUCAUCUUAGCUGUAUGGACCUGGAGUAUGUUGCAGUUUCCACUACAUCUAGCAGUGGUGAACACCAAAUCUGAUGAAGAGAAUGGCAGAGAAGAUCAAGUCGUCCGGGAAACCUUCUUUAUUAAACACAGCACUGAUAUUUGGAGUGUUAUAGAGACCCUCUUUAUCCAGGAUGGGCCUUUUCUGUUGGUCAGGCUGACAGUCAUUAUCCACUUCAGAGUCUUCCACCAGAUGCUUGGUUUCUUUGCCAUCAAGAACGGCCUAGUGAUCACACUGAGCUUGUACAGGUUGGCCAUUAUAUUGCUGGACUACAGACAUUCUAUGGGCAACAAUGCAGAGGCAGUGCCGAUGCAUGAGUCAGAUGACAGACGUUCCAGCCACAGCAGCACUGAGGCAAUAGCGAUCCAUGAGUUAGAUGAGCUAUGCGACAGACCUUCCAGCCACAACAGUGCAGAAGCAGUGUCGACCCAUGAGUUGGAUGACAGACGUUCCAGCCACAACAGUGCAGAGGCAGUGCUGACCGAUGAGUUAGCUCUGGUAGAUAAAGAGGAAUCUUAGAGUGAGAUGUAUUACACUAAACAUUUAAAACCUUUUAAAUUCAAAUGGCAAAAACUAUCACUGCAGCAGGAAAAGCAGGAAAUUAUUACUCUCUGUUCAAGAUUUACCGUGUUAAAUCUAUUAGUAUUAGUGAAUAAUUACACAGACCACAUGUGAUGAGCAUCCAAGUCAUUUCAAACUAAACGAUUUACCUCAGUAACAUUUCGGUCUAUAUUUAUAUGAAUAUUACUGCGCCUGUUGACACUACACAAUGCUUUGACGUAGUUACAAAGUCGGAGUGACUAAAGUCAGACUGUCAGAUAAGAAGUUAGUCAACUUCUAACAGUGUGAUAACUGAUGUCUGGCUGACAGGAAUUGAGGGCAACAAACGAGGAUGAAAGUGAGAUGAUGAGAUAUUUUUGCAUGUUGUGUGAGAUCGAGAGGAAGAUAAUAACAGACAGAAAUGUUCCUGUUUUAACCCAAACAGGAAAUCAAAAGUCAUGCAAAAUCCCCUCUAGUGGUAGUCGGUAGGUGCUUUGUUCAUUUAAGAUGACUGCUCUUUACAAAAUAAGGAAUAUGCUGUUUACAAAUCAAAAAGUAAUGUUACCUCAGUAGUUACAUUAAAUGAAUGUGACAUCUGUGGCUAAAACAGGUGGAUCAUUGUCCAUUUGUACAUUUUUUUAAAACUAAAGAUAAAAUUGCACUCAGGUGAUGAGCUGUGUAUGAGUUGCUUUUAAAGCCUUUAAAACCGUUUUUAUGGCUUUAAAAUGACACAAAGUUUUUAUACCUGAUUCAUGUGAGGAUCUUCAUUUAGCUGGUAAAGGAACAAAAAUAUAUGUCAUGUUUGUUGUAAAUGACCAUAACUCAUGAUAUCCUGUCAAAGCUGCUCUGUCCUGAAUACAUUUCAGUAAAUGUGGCUCAUUUCACUUUUUUGCUAUUUCAUUUAUCACAAAACCAAAAACAGUGCGUUCAAAAUGAUUGUUUUUUAGUUUUUCUGGGUGAUUUGUAUCAUUGCCAGUACAUACAAACACAAAUUCAAACUUUAUGAGCACAAAUGUUUUGCAUCUACUUCUGAUGCAUAAAAUUCAUCUCAAAACCAUAUUUAUUUUAUCUACAUUUCUUCAUUUUGUACAAUAAAUCUAACCUGCAAACUGUCUACUGUC